AGACAGCCAUUUUUUUGUUGCAGGAGAGGGAAGAAAGAUCGAAACUGCAGCAGCAUAUUGUAGUAGUAUGCAUGAUUAUUACUGUUAGCUGUUGUAUUGUAGCGGGUGCAUCCUCAGUAACGUUACUGGAUUUGUGAGUACAAAGCAUUGUCCACGUGGCUCGAAAUCAGUCGCGUGAUAGGUUAUUGUCAUUUGGCGAGUGGAAGCUGGUUAGAAGCCGCAAGCUAUCCUGUCAAGCAUCUUCUAUUUGACCAUCGAAGAUUGCUUUACAAUGUACCAGAUUCCUGUUGGAAGUUUGGAUGUAAUCCGAAAAACCAGGAGAAAGGUGAAGCACGUUCUGAGUGACAUUGGACUGGAGGACUGUCAACAUCUUCUGGAGGAGCUGCAGAAUUCUGAUCCAGGUGAUGAUGUUUUUCUUGAGACGGAAUGGACUGAUUUAACGGAGGGCUUCAAUGGCAGAGGGAGGAAAAAGUGGGUGUAUCGCACGGAUGUAAUGUGCUGCAACCUGUGCACAUAUCAUACACGGAACUGGCGAAGCUUUAAAUAUCACAUACAACGUGAACAUGAAUACGAGAGGAAAAUAUGUGCCCUGUCACCCUGUCCCUUAUGCCCAUUUGUAGGACACCCUAAAGUUGUCCGAAAGCAUGGCCGGCUUUUCCAUUCUAUCUCACCAGCACCAAGUACAGCAAUCAGUGCAGCCGCAGUACAGCUGAUAACACAAAAGAAAGGAGAAAGGUACCGAUGCCAGAAGUGUGCCUUUCGGAGCUCUGUCUUAUACGCCAUCAAGAAGCAUAUCCUACUUACACACCUUGGGAGUAUAUUGCGUCAAUUCAGUAGUAAAACAGUGGACCCAGAACAACCACACUCAAAAAGAUACUACUGCAAGGACUGUCAGACAUCUCUUGAAAACCUUGAUCAAAUGCUCCACCAUGUCCUUGUUUCACCAGCCCACCAGUUGAUAAAUGUACAUGUGAAACCCUUCAUCAUUGACAACAGAAACUAUAACACUGCCACAUACCGCCCUCCAACAAAAAGCCAAGUCCUUGCUAAAUCUGAACCGCUCCAGUUAAUUAACAGUCUCCUGGUUUCGUCCUCGAACAACCAGCUUGUGUCCUCACCUGUGACGGGAGCUCCUAACAGUCUCUCUUUCAUGUGUGUUCCUGGGACCAACCUUCCUCCCCAGGCAUCAGCCCUAGUUCAGCUGGCCAGUGCCGAGGCUAAGGGCUUGAUCAAGCGCGGGACUCCCAUAACCUUCCAAAGUGCUUUACCCACAAGGACGGGACCAGCCACAAUGCCCUUAGGUGGCAUAGGCCCACCUACUGCCAGGCUUGCCAUAUCAUCCAGCGCUGCUUCUAGGCAGGCCCAACCCCCCAUGGGUGUGCCUGGGCGGCAUCCACAGCAGCCAUGGACACAAGUCCUCCAGCAGCCGCUUAUGGUGACACAGAAACUCCCGCUCAACCAAACCACCCCACAAGGCACAAUGCUGACUUCUCAGUCCCUUUUAAGUCAUCUGAUUCCCACCGGCAAAAAAAUAAAUGGCAUGCCAACAUACACCUUAGCUCCAUUAAAGAUGGCGCAGUCUGGUUGUAUGGAAACCCCUCAGAAUACAGGCAGUCCACUCCAACCAAUAAAGCCAACGAGUAAUUCCUUACCUCAAGCCAAGCGCUGGGUCGCGUGUCCCAUUUGCAAUGAACUCUUUCCAUCCGAUGUCUAUGAAGUUCAUACAGAGGUUGUCCACAAGGCCACAUCCAGAAAUGAAAGCAUGGCAGCAAAGGCACCAUUCCUCCGGAAAAUGCCGGACAAAACGGUCAAGUGUUUGAUGUGCAAGGUCUUGGUGUCUGAAAAGGGGCUCCUUGAACACCUGCUGCAUGGGCUGGACUGCAUGUUCUGCUCUCAGAAGUUUAACUCGAUCAAAUCUUUCGUUGACCACUCCAAAGAGCACAAUCCCUCGCAAAAAGCCUAUUGUGAAUACAUAAGGCGCGAGUACAGACUCUACACAAACAGCUCAGGGAAACUUCUCUUUCCUUACUUUGAUAUAAACACGACUGCACCCAAGGAGAUACUGGGAGACACAGAACUCAACCUCGCCCUGGUGACCAAAUCUCUCGACCUCAUCUUCCUAAAGAUGCUGCCUGUCAGUAGUCAUCCAGUGUGUUCCACGCCGAUGAAAACGGUUCGCACACGCUGUUUGUUUUGUGAUGAAAACUGCCAAACUCCAGACAAAUACCAGGAACACUUGCGACACAAGCACUUUGUAGAUACUACCGUCCAUGCCAUUUUGAAGACGGCAGCAUUUAAGUGCAUUUACUGCAAUGGGGUGUACACAGGAAGAGUCACACAGAGGGCAAUCGUUUUUCACUUGCGGCGUUGCCAGUGUGCACCCAAGGAACCGAAAAACACUGAAGAAAGUAUGCCCCCCGCCAGUGGACAACCAGUACUGCUGCCUACUUCUAACAAGCUGAAAGUGGUGCAACCUUCCCCAAAGCUCCAAAACAAUCAGGCGUCUGUGUUUUACUUUGCCCAGUUCCAACAAGGACCAGUCGUACAAGCACCGCUCCUUCAAGCAAAGCUCCUACAAGCGCCGCUCCAACAAGCGCCGCUCCAACAAGCGCCGCUCCAACAAGCGCCGCUCCAACAAGCGCCGCUCCAACAAGCGCCGCUCCAACAAGCGUCGUUCCAACAUGCGCCGCUCCAACAAGCGCCGCUCCACCAAGCGCCGCUCCAACAAGCGCCGCUCCAACAAGCGUCGCUCCAACAAGCGUCGCUCCAACAAGCGCCGCUCCUGCAAACGCCUCUCCUGCAAACACCUCUCCUGCAAACACCUCUCCUGCAAACACCUCUCCUGCAAACACUUCUCCCAAGUCCAAUCCCUAUUUCCAGCUGUGAGCCUGAACAAUCUGAAUCAGAGAAGCUAAGCAAGCUAAGGCUGGAGAUGGCAUGGAAGGAAGCCAUGGAGGCCAACAAGCGAGAGAGACAAGAGAGGGCUGCGAUACGUAAAAGACAGGAGCUAGAAAGGGAAAUGGCACAAGCCACAGUACAGCCUGAGAUAGAGAUCGACCCCACAGUUCAGCUGGCACUUGAUCCCAGCGGGCUGGAGCAUCAGGCCCCUGAAGAACGGAAAGACUUCCUUACCAGAUACUUCCACAAAAGUCCAUACUUGACCAAGAAGGAGUCUGAUGAGCUGUGUAAAAGACUGCUGCUCACCAAGUCUGAGAUAUCCCUGCUCUUCGGCAACAAGCGGACUAAGUGCUUAAGGACCAUACACAAACACACUGCUGCUGUCUUCCUUGGCUUCAACAUGGCAGAGUUGAACAAAGUCAGGCAUAAUCUUCUCAUCCCAGAAGUGGUCUCAGCAGACCUGGAUGAGACUGAAGAACCGGAGAAAUCACAAGAGAAAGAGGAAACCGCCGAUUCAAGUAAACAGUCUGAAUCUGAGGAGAUCGCAAAUGAAGAAGAACCUGUGGAAUCAGAGAGAACACAACUUUCAGAGGCUAUAAAUGAAAUGGCUGAAUCAGAUACAUGAGGAAAAGGAUGUGGUUGCAUGUACAGUACCAGUCAAAAGUUUGGACACACCUUCCCAUUCAAUUGAAUGGGAUACCACGUGUCCACACUUGACUGGUACUGUAUACUUCAUGUUCCUCAGUAGUGAUUUCUUCCUAGAUCUGUGGCCAUGGUGCACUAUGUUGUUAACAAAGUUCAUGAACUCCAUAGGGUUUGGGAAUGUGUUUUUUUUAAUAGUCGAUUUGGGACUUCUGCUCAAAGGAUAUCUAACUUGGCCAGUUUCCAUUGUCAGUCAUCCUACUGACAUUUAAAAUACCAUGUUUGUACAUGCUAUAAAGCAUAAGGGGUCUUUUUGUUGAUAUGUUAACUAUUUGCACAAAAAAACUAACUUUGUUUUGAGAUUUCCAAGAAAUGGUAUCCAUUGGCUCUUUAUUCCUUAUAUUGCUGUUUCAACACCCAGCUGACAAUAAAAACCUAGUCUCUUCAA